AAUCUCUUUUUUUUUUACCCAACUUUUAAUACAUAGGACUUUCUAUCUUCCAUAUUGUCGCUCUUUCUUUUUCCUUCUCAUCCAAACUAGAAAUUUCACUUAGAACCAUUGAACUUAAUCGCUUUCCUAUUUAACUAUGAUAUCCUGAUAGACUUCCUUCUUUUCUCGUGCUCGGAGUUACUCGGAUACUAGAUCUAGAUCGCGGAUAGUACUUAAGGUAGUAUCAGUAUCUCUAAAUACACUCAUAAAACAACUACAACAACUCGGCACUUGUUCAUCCGCCGAACAAACAAGAAAAAAUGCCUCCUUCAACACCUAGCUCUAUGAUCUUACGCACGGUAUUCCGGCGACAUAUAGAACAUCUCCGUAUCUCCAGGAUACCACGGCGUUUCCAAUCUCAAUCCACCACCACCACCACUACCUCCGUCCCUAAACCCAAUGAAGCAGCCAAACCACCCGCAGUAGACCCGGUCCCGGUAGGCGGCACCCCGGCCGCCGCCCCGGGUUUCUGGUCGCGAUUAGGUCCUCUCACGAAAGCAGGCCAAGCAUACGCGCGCGCGCAAAAAAACAGACCUUGGACUACGCAGAUUGUGAGCGCACUUGUGAUUUAUCUAGCUGCGGAUAUAAGUGCGCAGAGUAUUGGCGGGAAGGAGUAUGUGCCGGAGCGUACGGCGAGGAAUUUAGUCGUUGGCGGCGUUUCGGCUGUGCCGAAUUUUAUGUGGUUCGUCUGGUUGUCGAAACAUUUUAAUUAUCAAUCGCACGCCCUCUCUAUCGGCGUCAAGAUUGUUGUGAAUCAGUUGACUUUCACGCCUAUUUUCAACAGCUACUUUUUCGGCGCGCAGGCACUACUAGCUGGAGACAGUCUAGCUGAGACUUGGGAUCGUGUGCGUCGUACUGUUCCUAUUAGUUGGCUCAAUGCCUGGAAACUGUGGCCCGCUGUUACGGCGUUCAGUUUUACUUUUGUGCCUAUGGAGUACCGCAGUGUGUUCGCUGGUGUGGUUGCGGUAGGCUGGCAGACUUACUUGAGUUACUUGAACAGACAAGUGGAGAUCGAAGAGGAGACGAAGGCGGCCGAGUCGUCCUCUGCUGUUGAAAAGGCAGCGUUACAGGUUAAUAUGCCACGAAACGCCGUAUAACGGUCUAAAUCCAAUUACUCUUUUCUCGCGUCGGUCAGGCCGGAAAAACGGAGUUAGAAUUACAUAGACGGGUUGUACGACAUAGAAUCAAGACGGCCGACGAUCAGCGCACAUGGGAAUAAUAGAGGGGCGUUCGGAGUAAGCGAGUCAAUUGAUACUCAUUCGAAUUUGUGACUCUCACAGUUGUAAUUCCUUCGUCUAUCCUAUAUCUGACAUUCCUUUCAAGAAUCGAUGUCGCUAUAAUACAAAUAUUUGAUCAU